AUAGAAGGUACACACACACACACUUCCACGAUGAUGAUGGCAACGGUUCUGGGAAGAAGUCUCAUCAGGAAGCAAAAUGCCACCACCGCUGCGGUGGCAGCCUCGUGGACACGAAGAUUCUCUUCUCAUCCGUCGGACGAUUGGGAAACCAUCACCCGUCGCAACGGGCAAACCGUUUACUACAACCGCGUGACAAAGGAGAGCACACGAACGAACCCAUUUUCCAGUGGCAAGGUGCUUCCUUCUUCGUCCCCUGCGAUUCCCUCGACCGCGUCGACGUCAGCGCUUCCGGUUGUUGACGCCCCACAGGACUCGACAAACGCCGUCGAAGAAGCCGUCGUGUACACCCCCAUCGACUUUUCCAAAGCCGCUCAAAUCGUCGGCCAAGAGUCUCAACUGGUCCACAUUACGCUGGAACCGAAUCAAAAACUGCGCGCGGAAAGCGGCGCGAUGAUCUACAUGACCGACGGGGUGCACUUGGACACGCAUACCGCCGGCGGCGUGCAACAAGGCUUGAAGCGGAUGAUGACAGGUGAAAACUUCUUUGUGACCGAGUACACGUACACGGGCACGACAUCUGGCCAAGUGUGCUUGGGCACGUCCGUGCCAAGCAAAAUCGUGCACAUGAACUUGGCCGACUUUGGCGGGUCGCUGAUCUGUCAGAAAGGCGCGUUUGUGGCGGGGUCCCACACCGUGGGCAUUGAAAUGGAGUUUACGAAAAACUUUGGGGCGGGGUUCUUUGGAGGCCAGGGGUUCAUCUUGCAGCGGUUGACGGGGCCAGGGGACGCGUUUGUGCGGGCGUCGGGGGCGCUCAUCGAGCGGACGCUGGCGCCGGGCGAAGUGCUGCGCAUUUCCAGCGGCUCCCUGGUGGCGUUCGAGCCCACAGUGCAUUUCGACAUCCAGCGCAUGCAAGGCGUGAAGAACAUCAUGUUUGCCGGCGAAGGAUUGUUUGUGACAACAUUGACGGGCCCGGGGCGGGUGUUUCUGCAAGGGAUGCCGUUCGACCGGAUGGUGUCGGAGAUUGCGAGUCGAGUACCGGGUGGCGGGGGCAUGAUGUUCGUGCCUGGGUUUGGAGGAGGCGGCGGUGGUGCCGCGAGCCAAGGUGGAGAAGGGGGGGACGUUGCUGGGGAAGGCCCCGCCACAGAGGAAGUCGAGGGAGGUGGUGAAAGUGAACCGGAGGAGGAGUCCAUGUUUGGCUACGACGGCGCCGACGUGGAAUCAGACGACGAUUAUUCGUCCCCCAACUCGUUUGUGACGGAAGAAGACCAAGGCGACUUGGGGGACGCGGCGGAGGGGGUGGUCGACUUUCUGAAAAAGUGGUUUUAAACGGAUAAAAGAACGUACAUGGGAAAAACCCAUCAGUUUGCCCCACACAGCG